GCAAGUAUUCGCAAAACUUCACUUGAAUUUGGAAAUUGAACCAAAACAAUUUCGUGAUUGGCAUUCAAAAAAAAAUGAAUUGAUGCUUGCUCGUCCACGUGUCCGUCGGAUGAAUGCUGGCUCCCGCCCGAAGUAUCCUGAACUAGAAGUUGAAUUAAAUAACUGGGUAUGUGCAUUGCGAGCUGAACUUAAAGUAGUUACAUGCUAUAUGGUUCAAGUUAAAGCAAAAAAUUUGGCGCAAAAACAACGAUUUUUAUCACUUUAUCCUGAUAUUUCAACAUUUCAAUAA